AUGGCGGUGGCCGCCGGCCUGCGCCGCGCGCUGAAGAGCUGUGGCGACGCCGGGGCGCUGCGCACGGCGUACGGCGCCCUGGUGCGCAGCCUGGACGGAAGCUUCCGGGAGGGCCGCGCGGGCCUGGACGUGCUGGUGCUCUGCGCGGAGGCCGCCCUCAAG